CCGCCCCCGGAUCUGGUGUCCUGGUGCCAGGUGAUAGUGAGUCAAACUGGGAAGGGGCAAGCAGAGGCUGAUGGAGGGCCACAAUGUCAUCCUCAUGCUGCCCACCCGCUCUGUAUCCUGGGAAAGGCCCAGCUCUUUUCUUUCCAGAUGAGCCUGAAGAACACAGCAGUAGAGACUAUCUCUCCGCGGGUGCUUGGAGAGGCAUUGCCAUUAGCUGAAGUGUGUGUGGCGCUGCUGCCCCUCUGGGCCACUGGGCACAUUGCCUACAAGGUGACACUGUUGCUGGGCUCUGUCUUCCACCCUUCCCCAGUGCAGGCCCUGCCUAGCUCCUCCUCCUGCAACCCACUGCUCAUUUAUCACCUCACAGUCCUGCUGCUGCUCUCCCUCAGCACCACGGAGACUGUGCUGCUGGCUGAGCUGCUGGCCCAGGACAACUUUAGGAAUAAAAGCAGCUCCAGCCCAGUUGGAAGAGGUCUGCAAAAAGCUCCUUUCCCUGCUUCUUCUCCUACAGCACCCUCAAGAAAAGAAAAAGAAAAAGCCUCAAGGAACUGGGCUGAGGCUGCUGACUGCACCUUUUUCCUCAUAUGUGUGGCUGGUGUGGUAUGUGGCCAGUUUCUCUUUGUUGGAAUCUGGAUGUGGGCAACAUGUAACUCCGACCCUGCCCCUGCGGAGGCUGUUCGCCACAGCCUGGGAUGUCACGGGGCAGGGCCAGUGCCCAGACUGUAGGAUGCAGUGUAGCUCCCCAUAGCUGGGGAAAGGGCCAGGCCAGGGUCUUUGGAGAGGGUGGAGGGAGGGCUGGCUCUUCCCUACCCUGCAGGGCCCCAAGUACCACAAGUUCCUGGCUCUGUAUGAAUACAUGCAGAGCAGAGUGGAAAUAAACCCCUUACCCAAGGGCAAGAGCGUCUCCAGCAUCGGCCUUCACUAACUUAGCUGUUCACGCUUGUGCUAAGCAGGGGGCCGACUUCACAUACCUGCCGUCCUACUUUGCUCCUGGACCCCACAGCCCAUCCA